GGUAUUUAUUUAUGCCACUGGACAGUUCUAGUCACAUUAAAGCUGCGGUUCACCUUUUCGAGGACUUUCAUCUCGGGCAGUUUUAUGACACUUUGUGAAUGUGCAAAGUUUUUAAUUAGGCUCGCUAGACAGCCCGAGGCAGCGGCAGCGCCACCGAGUCUUCACGCUCUCUCUGCUUUACAGCACAACAAGCCGCUCUACUCCUUUGAAGACAAUGCAGACUAUGUGUACGAUGUCAUGUGGUCCCCCGUGCAUCCCGCGCUCUUUGCCUGCGUGGACGGGAUGGGGCGCCUGGACCUCUGGAACCUCAACAAUGACACCGAGGUUCCAACAGCAAGUGUGGCCAUUGAGGGGGCUUCUGCCCUAAACCGUGUGCGUUGGGCUCAAGCUGGCAAAGAAGUUGCCGUUGGAGACUCAGAAGGCCGGAUUUGGAUCUACGACGUUGGAGAGCUUGCAGUGCCCCACAAUGACGAGUGGACCCGCUUUGCCAGGACCCUCGUGGAGAUUCGCGCUAACAGAGCUGACAGUGAGGAGGAAGGCACCGUUGAGUUAUCUGCCUAGUGGAAACGAGCCACCCGACCCCAGCCCCGACCUUCGCCUUCUAGAACUCGGCUCUGCCGUCGUCGAUCCCACUUGGCAUUCAGCGUCCAUUCAGCAUCAGUGUUGCGUGACCUUUUGGGUGUCCUAUUGUGCUGGCUUUGCUCCAAGUAUUCCAGAUGUAUCCCACCCCGCUUUCCACUGACCUGCCGUUCACCAGAGCCUUUCUAUCUUUGUAUUUCUGUCUCAAAAAUUGGGGGGUGGGGUGUAGGCUUUACGGGUUUAGUUGUUGCCUUUUAACUACUUAGUAGCUGUAUUUAAUAGCUGGAAACCUCUGGUUAAAUUUGUUCUUACAUGCACUUCUGGCAUAGUCCUAUUAAAUCCAUAUGAAGCCACAUAUGAUUAGGUGCAGAUGUGCUGUGCUUCAUGAUAUGGUACAGGGCCAAAGACUUGAGAUGUGGUGUUUUCCACGGUGACUCACGUUAUGGAUGGAUUUACUAGAAGAACAUUGCUGCUCCUUAUUUAUUGUGGUGUGCUGCAUGGAACAUAUUUAUUUGAAAGCAUUAAAAUAAACGAUCCUAGAGCAUGUGCAUAAUGAGAGGACCGUAUUGUCUCUCUGCUGCUGUUGAGGUUGCAUUAAGUUCCAAAUAACAAUUACAGUAUGCCGGUUCCACUGAGGACAAGAAAUCUUUAGAGGUUUGUUGCAGUGAGCAGAAUGAAUUUUAAUGCCUAUUACUUCUAGGUACUUUAACAAUAUUUCAAAUGUAGUUGACCACUGAUACUUGUCAUUCAAGCUAACACAGUCCAACAAAAAUCUGUGGUUCCUGAAUAUGACACCAGUGUUGCCAAUAAAAUGUUCCAAACCA